AUGAGAACUAUCCCGGAAGAUGAGAAAGUUUUCUUAGAAGGAGACUUUAACGGACAUAUAGAUAAAGAUGCAGACAACUAUAACUCGGUACAUGGAGGGUUUGGUUUGAGGGCAAGGAAUGAGAGUGGGGAGAAUUUGUUGGAGUUUGCGCUAGCAAAAGAAUUGGUUAUAGCAAACUCAAUCUUUAAAAAGAAAGAUGAGCAUUUGACAACAUAUAAGCGCAGCGGGCACGCAACCCAAGUUGACUAUCUCUUAGUGCACAAAGGAGAUCGGGCCUCAUGCUUGGAUUGUAAGGUGGUGUUGGGUACAGAGAUGCCCACCCAACACAGGCUUUUAGUACUGGUUUUCAGGAUGAGGAAGAAAAUCGUAGAGAAGAAGGUCGAGUCCAUGGGAAAGAUCAUAUGA